GCGCUUGUGGAAUGCGGAAAAAGGUUGCUCUGCGGCUGCCAGUUCCUCCAGUCCGCUUCUCAUUAACGCACACCAUAUUUUUUUGUUUCAAUCUUGCAAAACCAGCCCAACACAAGAAGAAUCAGCGAGCGUUUGUUUUUUUAAAAGUUAUCUCCCAGAAGAGAGGGGGGGGUGAUUGAAUAAAGAAAAUCAGGAGACGAAUCGAUUGGAGGGGGCUCUCUGCCCAUUGCAUUUAAAGUUUUGCCGCGACUUCCAACUGAAGGGGAGAGUUAUGUCAGCCGAGAAGGAGAGGAUUUUCAGAGCGUUGAAGGACGUGGUUCAGAUUCCUGGGAAUGGAAUAUGUGGUGACUGCGGUCUACCAGAACCGGAAUGGGCAUCCACCACGCUGGGGAUCUUCAUUUGCCUGAACUGCUCGGGGAUCCACCGGAACAUUCCGGACGUGAGCAUCAUCAAAUCACUCCUCCUGGAUCCUUGGAAUGAUUCCCAAAUUCAGCACAUGGCCAGCCUCGGCAAUGAAGCGGCCAAACGCAAGUACGAGGCCUUUGUUCCUGCUUACUACUAUGUGCCCACCUACCGAGACUCCCAGGUCCUGUUGGAGCAAUGGAUUCGAUCCAAGUACGAGCGCAAGGAUUUCAUCGAGGAGAACAAGCCGCUGGCCCACGCCGCGGGUUACAGGGAAGGGUUUCUGUGGAAGCGUGGCCGGGAUAACGGGCAGUUCCUCAACCGCAAGUUCAUCCUGACCGAGGGAGACGGAAUCCUGAAAUACUUCACCAAGACUGACGCCAAAGUGCCCAAGGCCAUGAUUAAAGUGGACAACAUCAACGCUACCUUCCAGCCGACCAAAAUAGGGAAUCCCAACGGCCUCCAGCUCAUGUACCUGAAGGACAACAGCACGAGGAACAUCUUUGUUUAUCACGACGAGGAGAAGGAGAUCGUCGACUGGUUCAACGCCAUCCGAGCCAUCCAGUUCCACUAUUUGAAAGUGGCUUUCCCGGGAGCAAGCGACCAGGAGCUGACGCACAAACUGACCAGGAACUUCCUGAAGGAAGGCUACAUGGAGAAGACGGGACCCAAGCAGACGGAGGGCUUCAAGAAGCGCUGGUUCUCGUUGGAUCACCGUCGCCUCAUGUACUUUAAGGAUCCACUGGACGCGUAUGCCCGGGGCGAGGUGUUCAUUGGCAGCAGCGACAACGGGUAUGUGGUGAAAGAGGGGCUGCCGCCGGGGACACCGGCCAGCGGCUCCUGGCAACACGGCAUCACCAUCGUAACCCCAGACCGCGACUUCCUCUUCAUCUGCGAGACAGAGCAAGAUCGGCAGGAAUGGGUGUCAGUGUUCAAUGGGGUGAUGGCUCAACAGAUGUCACCGCAGGAAUAUACAGUGGAAGCCUACUUCAAACACAGACGAUAGAACAAGCCGACCUGCCUCCGACUCUCCACCCAACUUUUUACGGACAAACACAGUGACAUUUGCCUCUGGAACCCGUUUCACCAAUGACUCCAGAUACUACUGAUUGCGUUUUUCCCUCCCCCGCCCCCUCCAGAAUUGUUGGCUUAACUUGGAACAGCCCGGCACUGGAUCCUAAAGCAUAACAGCCAGCUCCGUCGAGCCUGGCCUAAGGAUUUCCACCACUGACUGACCUGUCAGACCAGACUCUGAGACGGAACCCGCUGUGAUUAACUCACGGGGUGAACGCAGCUACCGUUAGUUGUAUCGCCCAGCCCUUCACCAGCUGGCAUCUUCCAUUAACACUCACCGCAUCCCAGCAGAAUUCCCCACCCCAGUCAACUAUUAUGAUCUCCAUCCCCUUUGGUGUCUCGUUUUCACGCCUUGCCCUUCCCCAUCUCUGUGCCUCUCAUGGCUCUCAGUCCGAAGAUGUUGUCCCGACCCAUUCAUUCUCUCCAGAGAUGAUGCCUGUGUCCCACUGAGUUACUCCAGCAUUUUGUGUCCACAGAAAUAGUAAAUAGGUGCAUUUGGCCCUUCGGGGCCAGCACCGCCAUUCAAUAUGAUCAUGGCUGAUCAUCCAAAAGCAGGACCCCAUUCCUGCUUUCUCCCCAUAUAUCCCUUGAUUCCGUCAGCCCUAAGAGCUAAAUCUAACUCUCUCUUGAAUACAUAUUAUCAACUACCCUAGAGGCUAGAAGGGAAAAAGGGAAAACUAUCUACAGAAUAAUAGGUGGCCAUUAUUCAGAGGUGGAACAGUCACAGUCCUGGGGUUAAAUGGUCCAACCAGGAACAGGGAACAUUGGGAAAAGUGUCGUGGAAACUUUCGACACAGUGGCUGGCGCUGCCUUUCUGAUAUUUCCCAUACACUUUGUCAACAGUAUAAAGGCUGAUGAUGGCAGCGACAUGGUCCAAGUACAACUUGUAUUUGUAUAGAAGACUAAGAACAAGUCAUUAGUGGUGGUGGGUCAGGCAGCAUCAGUGGAGGGAGAACCAGAGUUAAUGUUUUUGGUCUGAAGAAGGGUCGGGGCCCCGAAACGUCACCCAUUCCUUCUCUCCAGAGAUGCUGCCUGCCCCGCUGAGUUCCUCCAGCAUUUCUGUGUCUGAAGGUCGAUGGCCUUGAAUUAAAAUGGUACUCCGUAUCGAAUCUG